AUGGCUUCAAACAGUCUGUUCAGCAGCAGCAGCCCCAUUCUCUACUGGGAUCCUGUGGUGAAGCGUCGUCCCUCACCAUCGCCCACCAGCCUCCACCUGGACGACCAGGAGGUGCGGUCCCUCCAGCAGCUCAGCACAGCGCCCCCUAGAGGCCUGGUCCAGACUGACAGCCCUAACUUCCUCUGCAGCAGCGUGCCGCAGCACUGGAGAUGUAACAAGACUCUGCCGAGAACCUUCACUGUGGUCGCCCUGGGCAACGACGUGCCGGAUGGUGUGGUUGUCACGGUGAUGGCCGGCAACGACGACAACUGCAGCGCCGAGCUACGCAACGCCACGGCAACCAUGAAGCAAGGCUGCGCCCAGUUCAACGACCUCCGCUUCAUCGGCCGCAGUGGGAGAGGUAAGAGUUUCAACCUCACGAUCAACGUGCUGACGUGGCCUCCUCAGGUCGCCACCCUGCACAAAGCCAUCAAGGUCACCGUGGACGGGCCGCGGCUGCCGAGACGACAGAGGCAGAAGGAGGUGAGGUCCGGGGCGUUCAGGUCUUCUCACAGCAGCACAGCUCCGUCAGCUGACUGCAGAGCCUUCUCCUCCACCCUGUGGACCAAUGAGCCGUCGUUCUUGGGCCAUGUGACCUCUCUGACCUCCUCGUUCAACCCAAAUCCCAGAAUGCACCACCUCCCUGGCCUCCACUUCUCCAGCCAGCCUCCUCCAUACAGCUCCUACCUGUCCUCUCCUCCUCCUCCUCCUCCUCCUCCUCCCCCCCAGCUAAGCCACAGUGGUGCAUUCCAGCCUGGAGGUUUCUGCUACGGACCCAACCAUUCGCUGCCAAGCGCGGGGGAGGACAGGAACGUUGUCGCAGCACUGACCAAUUACAUAGAAGGGGCGUGUCUUUCAAUUAGAGGCGAUGAGCCUGUGUGGAGACCUUAUUGA